UGUUACUGCUGCUGGAGAGGAAAGGGUGAAGGCGUAAGAAAGGCUCCACACGCAAGACAAAGGAACUGGGAAGUGGGUGUAGUUUUUGAUCAAUUUUAUUCUCUCCUUCCUCAUGAAUUAUCCAGAGCAAAGAAGCCAUUCCCGUGUAGUUUUUGUAGAGGGACUUGAAUUUCUGAAGUUUGCAUUAAAGAAAACAUCGGGCACGGCGAACGAUGUGUAUCUGAGCAGAUACUAUUUCGAUUGAGGUUGAAGAUACCACAUUAUACUUACUUCUGUACAUCUACCUCUAAGGGAGCAAUAUUUUUGCAGCUCCCCCCCCCCACACACACACACUUCGGCAGCAUUUGUUUUGUUUUGCUUCUUAAGAGGAAAUCCUGUAAAUGUGUAGCAUUUGGCUGAGUUGCUACUUGCUGUUGGGAACCAUUCUUCUGGUGUUUUGUGAAUCAGCUGGUGGAAGCCAGCUAAGUCCAGAGAACAGUUUAAUAUGGGGACCUGGCCUGAGAGCAGAUGUGGCCCUUCCUGCUCGGUAUUUUUAUGUCCAGGCUGUGGACACCGAAGGGCAGAGGUUUAUUGUCUCUCCAGGUGAAAAUGCAUUUCAAGUGAAGAUCACAGCCCCCGAGGAGCAGUUCACACGGGUUGGAGUGCAAAUCUUAGACAGGAAAGAUGGUUCCUUCAUUGUGAGGUACAGAAUGUAUGCAAGCUACAAAAACCUGAAGAUCGAGGUUCAAACCAAAGAUGAACACGUUGCCAAAUCUCCAUAUAUUUUAAAAGGCCCAGUCUAUCACGAGAACUGUGAUUGCCCUCAGGAAGAUGGGAGUGCUUGGCUGGAAGAGAUGAGCUGCCCACAAGCCAUUCUGCAGAUUCAGAGAGAUCUGGUGCAUUUUCCUACCAUUGAUCCUGAUAAAAUUGCCAAAGAAAUUCCACAACGGUUUGGGCAGAGGCAGAGCUUGUGCCAUUACACCAUAAAAGACAACAAGGUUUUUAUAAAGACACACGGUGAACAUGUGGGAUUCAGGAUUUUUAUGGAUGCCAUACUGCUUUCCUUGACUAGAAAAGUGAAAAUGCCAGAUGUAGAGUUUUUUGUCAAUUUGGGAGACUGGCCUUUGGAGAAAAAAAAAUCCUCUCAGGACAUCCAUCCCAUCUUCUCAUGGUGUGGAUCCACCGAUUCAAAAGAUAUUGUUAUGCCAACCUAUGACCUGACAGACUCCGUUUUAGAAACAAUGGGGAGAGUCAGUCUGGACAUGAUGUCUGUUCAAGCAAACACUGGGCCUCCGUGGGAAGAGAAGAACAGCACAGCAAUCUGGAGGGGUCGCGACAGCCGUAAAGAGAGGCUUGAACUGGUGAAAAUGAGCAGAAAAUACCCAGAUAUCAUUGAUGCAGCUUUUACAAACUUCUUCUUUUUCAAGCAUGAUGAAAGUCUCUAUGGCCCCAUUGUGAAGCAUAUUUCCUUUUUUGAUUUCUUCAAGUAUAAAUAUCAAAUUAAUAUCGAUGGCACAGUGGCUGCAUACAGACUGCCUUAUCUGCUAGCGGGAAACAGCAUCGUGCUAAAGCAGGAUUCUAUCUACUAUGAACAUUUUUAUAAUGAACUACAGCCUUGGAAGCACUACAUUCCAUUUAAAAAUGACUUGAGUGAUCUUCUGGAAAAGCUCCAGUGGGCAAAAGACCAUGAUGAAGAGGCAAAGAAUAUUGCAAAGGCUGGACAAGAAUUUGCAAGAAAUAACCUCAUGGGAGAUCAUAUAUUCUGUUAUUACUUCAAACUUUUCCAGGAAUAUGCCAAACUACAAGUGAGUGACCCAAAAGUUAGAGAUGGCAUGGAAAAUGUGGAACAGCCAGAUGAUGACCUCUUUCCUUGUAGCUGCUACCGAAAAAAGGUAAAAGAGGAACUUUAAUGGAAGAAAGUAAAAUGGUUGUUUGCAAUAUUUGCCUAUCUUUGGAUUUGAAUAAAAAUACUAAGUGUGCAAUAGUCUGAAUGCCUUCUAUUGUGCAGUAUUACAAUGUUUUUUAUAAUUUUUU